UUUUAUUUUGACACCAGCCCGGAAUUUGACUCCGUUUGUUGUGGUCUGUCACGGGGAUAUUGCGCUUCGCCAGCUACUACAAACAUUAACGCUACUAUGGCGUCUACGCAAAUAAUACCCCUUGUUCACGUUAAAUCCCCGACGGCGUUGUGGUCGCUGCCGUUCGCGUUGCUAUCCUUCGUCCUCGUCGGAAGAGGCGAGGGCAACGCAAUGGACAACGUCGUAACAGAGAGGCUGGCUGAAGAAAGCCACCGCCAAGACAGUGCCAACCUGCUCAUAUUCAUCAUGCUGCUAACGCUCACUAUUCUCACUAUAUGGCUCUUCAAGCACAGGCGCUUUCGGUUCCUCCACGAAACGGGACUCGCCAUGAUCUAUGGCCUUCUGGUGGGUGUGAUACUCCGGUUCGGCGUCCACGUGCCCCCGAGUAUGAGCGACGUGGUGCAGGGUUGCGCGGUGAACGCCAGUCCUGCCACCCUGCUGGUGAACGUCAGCGGGCGAUUUUACGAGUACACCCUAAAGGGCGAAGUCAGCCGAAGCAAAGGCCACCAAGUGCAGGACGACGAGAUGUUGAGAAAGGUUACUUUUGACCCAGAAGUCUUUUUCAACAUUUUACUACCCCCGAUCAUCUUCCAUGCAGGCUACAGUCUAAAACGGAGACAUUUUUUCCGUAACAUUGGCUCCAUCCUGGCCUACGCUUUCCUGGGAACUGUUAUAUCUUGCUUUAUUAUUGGGCUCAUCAUGUACGGAGUUGUGUCCUUCAUGAAAGUGGUGGGCCAGCUCGGGGGAGAUUUUUACUUCACCGACUGUCUCUUCUUUGGGGCCAUCGUGUCGGCGACAGACCCAGUGACGGUGCUGGCCAUUUUCAACGAUCUGAAGGUAGACGUGGACCUGUAUGCUUUACUUUUUGGGGAAAGCGUGCUCAAUGACGCCGUGGCCAUCGUCCUCUCGUCUGUUCUUCUCCGUUUGGAGAAGCAAAGUAGGCGGGGGGCUCGAAUUGUGCGUCCCGAGGGCGAGGAGGAAUGGCUGGAGAAGAACCAGACAGUUACUCCUCGCUCCAUUGUGGCUUACCAGCCGACGGGGGACAACAGCCACAGCUUUGAAGCCACGGCCAUGCUCAAAUCCUUCGGCAUCUUCCUUGGUGUCUUCAGCGGAUCGUUUGCUCUCGGCGUGGCCACCGGUGUGGUGACAGCGCUCAUAUCCUUCGCGUUAUCUGAUUAUUGCAUCCUCGGUGUCCUGUUUGUUUGGUUAUUGUACUUUGGGUUUAUUUUUAGUAAGCGUUGCACAUUGUCAUCGGAUUACUGGUUUCUCUUAACUUUUCAUCACGUGACCAAGUUUACCAAGCUGAGGGACUUCCCCUUGUUGGAGACGGCGCUGUUUUUCCUCAUGUCCUGGAGCACUUUCCUGUUGGCCGAGGCUUGCGGCUUUACCGGCGUGGUCGCCGUGCUGUUCUGCGGGAUGACUCAGGCUCACUACACCUAUAACAAUCUCUCUCGUGACUCACAGGAUCGAACCAAACAGUUGUUUGAGCUGCUCAACUUUCUGGCGGAGAACUUCAUCUUCUCCUACAUGGGCCUGACGCUCUUCUCCUUUCAAUCGCACGUCUUCAACCCUCUGUUCAUCAUCGGGGCCUUUGUAGCAGUGUUCUUGGGCAGGGCGGCAAACAUUUACCCAUUGUCCUUCCUGCUCAACCUUGGCCGCAAGAACAAGAUUGGUUCCAAUUUCCAGCACGUCAUGAUGUUUGCAGGACUGCGCGGGGCGAUGACAUUUGCUCUGUCCAUCCGCGACACGGCCACCUAUGCCCGCCAGAUGAUGUUCUCUACCACCUUGCUGAUUGUCUUCUUCACCGUGUGGCUCUGCGGAGGCGGCACCAUGCCUAUGUUGUCCUUCAUGAGUAUUCCUGUGGGUGUGGACUCUGAUCAAGACCACUCAAGUUCAGGAAUGCUGGAUGACUCACAGAGGAGGAACACAAAGCAUGAGAGCGCCUGGCCAUUCAGGAUCUGGUACAACUUUGAUCGCAACUACCUGAAACCCCUCUUGACCCACAGUGGCCCCCCUCUCACUGCCACCCUGCCCGCCUGUUGCGGACCCCUAGCACGGUGCCUCACCAGCCCGCAAGCAUACGAGAACGAGGGGCCGCUGCACGACGACGACUCCGACUUCAUCCUGAACGACGCCGGCGUCAGCUCCAUGUACGCCGACGUCACAGUCAGCAUGGACGGCUCGAGCUCCAGCGGCAUUAAGCGCCACCGUCCGUCCGCCGCCGACGAGGGCCCGGAUCAUGAAUUGGCGCUGGCUGAGCAUGAGGUGGCCAUCCGGGGCACCCGACUCGUCCUACCGAUGAAUGACCCGGCCGAUCCGCCGACUACCGUAACCCUGCCCCCGCCGCCCUCCCCGCCCCGCUCAGACCCCCGUAGGCACAGACUGUAAAACAAGGUUAGCCCUGCCGGGAUGCAUUUGUUUGUCGUUAUCAUAGAAAAUCCCACCCAGGUUAUUUUUUGCCUCCCAUUACUCAGGCAGUGGCAAUAUUCACGUGACCGUACUGUAUUUUCUGCAGGCUAUUUAUUUGGAAAUUCCCAACUACAGUCUAUGACUGUUUCAUUGUAGUCAUGUAUCUUUUCUUAUUUGCUGCCCAUACCUAUUCAGCACCUUUUCCAACACACCAAUGAGAUGCACCAAUGCAAUCCAAGUUGUUUUGUCAAGUAUUGAGGCUUGGUUAAGCACUGGAGACAUUUCUUGCUGUGGAUUCACAGCAAGAAAUUUCUCCUUUUGGCGAGGCUCGCUUACAAAGUGGCUAUUUUUACAAGACGACAUACAUUUGAUGGUUUUCAAUUGGACUGAUUCUGCACUCCCCCCCCCCCCCCCCAUUACAGCCCUGCUUAUUGGCAAUAACUAUUCUCACAGUCACUCUCUACCUGGCUGGGAACUGAAUGGUCUUCUAUGCUGCUGAAUUAUUUUCACAGACCAAACAUCUGUUCUCCUGCCAUUAAGGAAGCAUGACUAAUCCACUUAGUAAUGAAAAAAAAAAAGAAAAACACAGCCCGCACAAACUUUUACGGUCACGUAAUUACAGCCGCUAAACUCUUAAUGACUGGAAUAAUUAUCUGCUUUCACUGUUUCUCGUCGCUUAAAAUCUUCCCGUGGACAGGUACGUGAGGGGCUUUGCGAGGAGUACUCGGUGACUGUAGGCGUGAACGUGAACAUACCACGCGCAAGGUCAGGUACUAUCGAGAGAUACGCGCUGGAUGACAAGUCGGCGGUACAUUAAGAGUAAGGCUAAACUACUGACAACUUAUACACUUCUGUCAAGACAUUUUAGCACCACCCGUGUGCUUGACUCAUGGAUUUAUUUAUUUAUUUGUUUGUUUGUUGUCUCAUGAUAUGACAUUUCUUUAUUACGAUUUGUUUUUAAAAGUAGGACAGCUCAGUGGCGAGACGCACCCCCGACCGAUUCAUCCUAUGUGAGCUGUGCUGUCCAAACGUAGGUGAGGGCGAUUGUCGAGUUUCCAUUCGGAAACUUUAACCGUGUGUGUGUGUACAUUUUUUUUGUGUGAUGUAGCAAGACGAGCGCUUCUCAUGUGAACGUCAUUUACAAGCUUGUGACUGGAAAAAACAACUAGAUGAAAAAAAAAAUAAAGCACUAAUGUGACUGAUGCACCGCCACGCACACAGACAAAACCGCACACACGCCAUGUCUUUGGUAUGAGGGCAUGCUAAACUAUUGUGAAUUCAAGUGCCUAAAAUGUAAAUUGAACUCCUCAGUGUAGAUUUGUACAUUCAAUUUGUCCAGUCAUGUGAUCAUUUUGAUGGGCGCUUGAUGCGCCGAUUGAUGUUGACUAAGAACAAUGCAGUUGGUUUAAUUCAUUUUUUGGUGUAACUGAGAUAAAUAAUCGAUCAUCAGAACUACUAGCAACAGUGGAAGGUUUACUGAAUUGUAGCGUAUACGGUACCUGCAUAAUGGUGGAAUCUCCAAAGUUAAACGAAGUAGUAAAAUUACCAAAAUGUUGCGUUGAACUUGGGAGGUUCCACUGCAGCAAUGCGAAAGGAUCCUACCUAUUCAUUCGUUUGCUUUUUGCACAUAGGCAUCUCUGUAGGUUGGUAGACUGAAACCGGUACUGUCAUCUUUGUGCUGGUCAACACCGUAAGAGUGUCUUUAAUAUACCCAGAUAACUAUUUAAUCCCUCAAACUGUUUUUGUCCUUAUUUUGUUUGAAGCAGUAUUCAGGUUUUCUACACAAUCAUCCACACAAUUUGGAUCGUGUGUAACUUUGUGUUGAUGAUUUAAUGUAUAUGGUACUUUUGUUGCAGCGAUCACACACAAAUUAAAUACCAGUAUAUUUUGAAGAGAUAUGAAGAGCUUUUGUAGAGAUUAAACACUGACGUUUGUGAACAUGGAAGAAAUGUUGAUAUGUGUUGAUAAGAAAUGUGAUUUAAAAUGAUGAAAAUAUUUGACUGACUUCUUCCUUCUAUAUUUUUGGUCUCUUGUCUGGCAAGUUGCAAAUGUACCAGAAAUAAAUGUCAAGGACUGCACUUUG